AUGGCUGCCUCAGUGAAUAAGACAACCAAGAAUCUCAACGGAACAUGGAUCUUGCCUCGCAACCAGAACAAGGAGCUCUCCGACUCGGCCGACCCUGGAUUGCAGAUUCAGGAUAUCGGAUACUUUAUUCGCAGUAUUAUUUGUGUCGUACCCAUCACCAUCGAAGUUAAGCAAUAUGAAGGGCUGCCCAAGUUGUCUUCGACUGUUUCGGGCCUCGUUAUCCACAUUGACAUUGACCAAAGAGCAACUAGUGUCAGCCCCAGUGAAGAGCUUCGUUGCUUGGGUAACCUACCUCGAAAUCACUCAGACUGGCUAUUUGGAAACGUUAAGGAACAAACGUGCCGGAUCUCUUUCGAAGAAAUAAACGACGAAUUCCUUAAGUCGAGCUGGCUAGUCGAAGAAUAUGGGAAAAGCCUGAUACGUAGCUAUACUAUCAGUGAGGACAAAGGCUGGCAGGUAUAUUUAACCGCGGGGACUUGGUGA